GAUGGAUGGAUGCAUGGAUGUGGGUAGAUGUUCCCGUUUAACCCGACGCGCAGAACCAGACCACUUCAAGUGAUCCUUUGAUCACUUCCAGAGAUUUUUAACGGCACUCGGAAUACCAUUGAUCUGUGAAGAAGCAAAAGAAGUAGGGAGAUUUUUUUUUUUUCGAGGAGAGAGAAGAGAAGAGAGAAAGAAAGGAAAGGAAAGCUCCGGGUUGCUGAGAAAGGCUGGCGUGCGCAAGAAACACGGAAAGUCACGGAUCAUGCUUAUGGGAACUUCCGAUUCCGUCUCGUUAAGAGUGGCUCUGCCUGAUGCUCUAUCAUGACUGAUGGCGAGGGGAGAGCGCGCUUUCAGUACGCAGAGUGCCAGGAGGGGCGGGAGCAGCAGGAGGAGGUGCAGGAGGAGGUGAGGCUCGGUAUACCGACGCCCUACCGGAGUGACGCCCCAGGUCGUGAUGUUGACCCCGGCGGAGGCAGUGAUGAAGAGGAGGAGGAGGUGGAGAAGAGGAGGAGGAGGAGGAGGAAGAGGAGGAGCAGUAGUGGUUGGGGAGAAGGAGGAGAUGAAUGGAGCCCUGAGGUUCAGGAGCAUGAAGGGCAAGAACCGGAGCUGGAAGUGGAAGUUGGAGCAACGCUGGGAGUUCGCAUCACGGCUCCUAUUCGUGAUCCAGACUGUGUCUCAGAGGAAGAGGAGCAGCAGCCGUACCCGGCCCUCGCCCCUGUUGCCUUCUUCUGCUUAAAGCAAACAACAAGGCCUCGAAACUGGUGUCUUCGUGUCGUCUGUAACCCGUGGUUCGAGCACGUGUCCAUGCUGGUGAUCCUGCUCAACUGUGUGACUCUGGGGAUGUUCCAGCCCUGUGAGGACGUCACCUGCCAGUCGGAGUGGUGCCGCAUCCUGCAGGUAUUGGACGACUGUAUCUUUGCUUUCUUUGCUGUGGAAAUGGUCAUCAAGAUGGUGGCCCUGGGAAUUUUUGGUUCUAAUUGCUACCUUGGUGACAAGUGGAACCAGCUUGACUUCGUCAUUGUCAUGGCAGGGGUGAUGGAGUAUUCUCUGGAUGGCCAUAACGCCAGUCUGUCAGCCAUCCGUACCGUCCGAGUGCUCAGGCCACUGCGGGCCAUAAACAGAGUCCCAAGUAUGCGGAUCUUGGUGACACUGCUGUUGGACACCCUGCCCAUGUUAGGAAAUGUCCUCCUCCUCUGCUUCUUUGUUUUUUUCAUCUUCGGCAUUGUGGGAGUCCAGCUAUGGGCGGGACUUCUGCGCAACCGCUGCUUCCUGGGAGAGGAUAUCAGAACUGAUAUAAAAAUGUACAAUUUGUCCAUAAGUUCCUACUACAUGUCCGAGGAGGGUGAAGACAGCCCAUUCAUCUGCUCAGCUGCCCGGGAGAACGGGAUGCUGCGCUGUCACGAUGUGCCGCCCUACACCGAGGCUGGAACAGAGUGUUCACUGGCCGCUCCCCAGCAAAGUUCAGCCCUGAUUGAAUCAGCUCCUGUGCUGGGAGGGGCCAGUGUUAAUGGCUGCGUUAACUGGAACCAGUACUAUAAUGUGUGUCGCCCUGGGAAUAUCAACCCUCACAAAGGAGCUGUCAACUUUGACAAUAUUGGCUACGCCUGGAUAGCCAUAUUCCAGGUCAUCACACUAGAAGGAUGGGUAGAUAUCAUGUACUAUGUCAUGGAUGCACACUCCUUCUACAAUUUUAUAUAUUUUAUACUGCUCAUUAUUGUGGGCUCUUUCUUCAUGAUCAACUUGUGCCUCGUGGUCAUCGCCACCCAGUUCUCUGAGACAAAGCAAAGGGAGAAUGCUCUAAUGAGGGAGCAGCGGGCACGCUACAUGUCCAACGACUCCACACUUGCCAGUUACAGCGAACCAGGCUCAUGCUAUGAGGAGAUGCUACGCUACAUCAGUCACCUUUAUCGCAAGUUAACACGCAGGCUGCAGAGGAUAUACUCCGGAUGGCACAGUAAACGGCGUAAAAAGGUGAAUCCUAAUGGCAGUGGCGGAGGUAGUAACGGUGGGGGUAAUGGACAUGGCCACAGUUCCAGCAGGGGUUGCGGAGGCUCAGGCCCAAAUAGCGCAUUGUGGCUGAGGCCGAUCCAUAACCUUCUGCAGCACCAUCAGCACCAGCACUGUCGCCUCAGCAAUGGGGGGCAGCACACCAUCAGCAUGGGAACUGAUGAGCACAUGGAAGAAGAAGGAGGCACAGGAGGAGGGGAGGAGCUGGAGAUGAAGUCGCUUCCUUUCCGAAGAGGAAGUACAAAUGGAAAUGACAGUGGCGGCAGCAGUGGCUACAACCCAUCUGUUGUCAAUCAAGGCAUGGGAGCCUUGCUCGGGCGGCUGAAUGGGGGGAUGAACUAUCCGACCAUUCUGCCAUCUUUUGUGUGCAGCUACAGCAGUAAGACCCCUCCACCUCACUCCCAGCAGUGCAGGCCCAGUCCAGAGCAGCACCCACCAAACCACCCAGCGUCUGAACACACGGAGACUCUGAACAAGCUCUACCAGCUCAUGGGACAGCACAGUCGCCAGAGGCUGCUGUACCAGCUGGCAGGCAUGGUGCCCAGCCCGCUGCUCCUGGAGCUGCUCAGCUGCCCUCUGUGUGCCCGCAGCCUGGAGACCUUAGAAUUGGAACUGGGAGACCUGGAUGGAGGCAGAGGAGAGGCAGAUGGACUGCACGACUUCCCUCAGGGGGGAGAUCUGAGAGGUGGAAGAGGUCGGAGCAGACGGCGGGCCGUCGUGGCGUACCAAAAUGGAGUGGUUCGGGCCUGGAUAGACUUCAGGGAAAAACUGAAGAGGAUUGUGGAAAGUAAAUACUUCAACCGUGGGAUUAUGAUCGCUAUCCUCGUCAAUACUCUCAGCAUGGGGAUAGAGUACCAUGAGCAGCCCGAGGAGUUGACUGAUGUGUUAGAGAUUAGUAAUAUAGUCUUCACCAGUAUGUUUGUCUUGGAGAUGGGCUUCAUGCUGCUGGCUUUCGGCUUGUUUGGAUACAUCAGGAACCCAUACAACAUAUUCGAUAGCAUCAUCGUUAUCAUUAGCGUGUGGGAAAUAAUUGGUCAGUCAGACGGUGGGCUGUCAGUCCUGCGAACAUUUCGUCUGCUGCGGGUUCUGAAGCUGGUUCGCUUCCUGCCGGCCUUGAGGCGACAACUGGUAGUGCUGAUGAAGACCAUGGACAAUGUGGCCACCUUCUGCAUGCUGCUGAUGCUUUUCAUCUUCACUUUCAGUAUAUUGGGUAUGCAUCUCUUUGGUUGUAAAUUCAGUCUUCAAAUGGAGAAUGGGGACACAAUCCCUGACCGCAAGAACUUUGACUCUUUACUCUGGGCAAUUGUCACUGUAUUCCAGAUUCUUACUCAGGAGGACUGGAAUGUGGUGUUGUAUAAUGGCAUGGCCUCUACCUCUCCAUGGGCGGCUCUCUACUUUGUUGCUCUCAUGACAUUUGGCAACUAUGUGCUCUUCAAUUUACUAGUGGCCAUCUUGGUUGAGGGCUUCCAGGCGGAGGGUGACGCUAAUCGGUCGGAGUCAGAUGAUGAGAAGAAAUCGGACAACUUUGAGGAGGACGAUAAGGUAGAACAGCUCAGAGACACCGAGCUAAAGAUGUACUCUCUGAUGAUGACAGCUAACGGUCACGUUGACCCUUGCGGUUCAACGGCUCCUCCUAUAAUCAUGCGAACGGCAGCCACACCCAUGCCCACUCCCAAGAGCUCUCUGGGACCUGAGUCCAUCCUUGGGGAUGAGCUCAUGUACAUAGAGGGCGUGCCUCGGUAUGGUGAGGUGGGACUGGGAAUUUCUGAGGCGGGAACUGGCCAUGCAGAGUCUCGCCGUGGAAGCUCCACCUCCAUGGACCCCUUAGCAUAUGAACAGCGUUCUGUGAGCCUCUCAAGUCCUGGCCGGCGCUCCCCUCUUCCUCCCCGUGGGUCGGGCAGCUCAUGGGGAAGCCGCCGCUCCAGCUGGAACAGCUUGGGAAGAGCGCAGAGCCUCAAACGGCGAGACACCAGUGGAGAGAGGGAGAGCCUGUUGUCUGGGGAGGGAGGAGAGGAGGAAGAUGGUGGGGAGGACAAAGGGGAGGCUGGGGGAAAUAACAGAUUACGGCCGGGGUCCUUGGAGCUGCUGCAGGCGUCUACUCUCUUGCCUUCCAUAAUAGCAGAGUAUGGUGACUGUAAUGGGAGAACCCUGACUUACAACCCCAACAUAAACUCCGACCCCAAGGAAGACCCCGCGCCUGAAGAGGACAUGGAUGAUGAAAGUUCUUUGUGCUACUGGAUCAAGAAAGAGCUCCGUAACAUGAAGCCCCGCUGGUGCAAAGAGCAUGAAGACUGGACGCUGUAUUUGUUCUCUCCAGAAAGCCCAUUCCGUGUGUGGUGCCAAAGUGUGAUCUCUCACAAAAUAUUCGACCAUGUUGUUCUGGUUUUCAUCUUCCUCAACUGCAUCACCAUUGCUCUGGAAAGACCUGACAUACAGCCGCACAGCACGGAGCGAGUGUUUCUGAGUGUGUCCAACUACAUUUUCACUGUAAUCUUCCUCGCAGAAAUGGCCAUUAAGGUUGUAGCUCUCGGUUUCUGCUUUGGGAAGCAGAGCUACCUCCAGUCCAGCUGGAACGUUCUGGAUGGUUUGUUGGUGUUUGUAUCUCUGGUCGACAUUCUGGUCUCUCUGGCCUAUACUGGCGGAAACAGGAUCCUGGGCAUCCUCAGAGUCCUGCGCCUGCUGCGAACGCUACGCCCACUCAGGGUAAUCAGUCGAGCCCCGGGAUUGAAGCUAGUUGUAGAGACUCUCAUAACCUCGCUUAGACCCAUCGGGAACAUUGUCCUUAUCUGCUGCGCCUUCUUCAUUGUCUUUGGCAUCCUGGGGGUGCAGCUAUUCAAAGGGAAGUUCUACCACUGUGAAGGUCUGGACACAAAAAAUAUCACCAACAAGUCAGACUGUCAGCAGGCAAAUUACCGCUGGAUACGAAGGAAGUACAACUUUGACAACUUGAUCCAGGCCUUGAUGUCAUUAUUUGUACUGUCGUGUAAGGAUGGGUGGGUCAACAUCAUGUAUGAUGGGCUGGAUGCAGUGGGAGUGGACCAACAGCCUGUGAGAAACCACAACCCCUGGAUGCUGCUCUACUUCAUCUCCUUCCUGCUCAUCGUCAGUUUCUUCGUCCUCAAUAUGUUUGUCGGUGUCGUGGUGGAGAACUUCCACAAGUGCCGGCAGGACCAGGAGGAAGAGGAGGCCCGCUUACGGGAAGAGAAGAGGCUCAAAAUGAUAGAGAAAAAGCGCAGGAGUAAGGAGAAUGAAGGGGCUGAGGCCAAGCAGAGGCCUUACUAUGCCGACUACUCCCCCCUGCGUCUGUCCAUCCACACACUGUGUACCAGCCACUACCUGGACCUCUUCAUCACUUUCAUCAUCUGCAUCAAUGUCUUUACCAUGAGCAUUGAGCACUACAAUCAACCGCAGUAUUUAGAGGAGGUUCUGAAGUACUGUAACUACGUGUUUACCUUCAUCUUCGUCAUCGAGGCCCUGCUCAAACUUGUGGCAUUUGGCAUACACAGGUUCUUCAAAGACAGGUGGAAUCAGUUGGAUGUAGCUAUAGUGGCGUUGUCCAUCAUGGGCAUCACCCUGGAGGAGCUGAAAAUGAACGCAGCACUGCCCAUAAAUCCUACCAUCAUCAGAAUCAUGAGAGUUCUCAGAAUAGCACGAGUGCUGAAACUUCUGAAGAUGGCCACAGGGAUGAGAGCUCUUCUGGAUACUGUCAUGCAAGCGCUGCCGCAGGUGGGAAAUCUCGGUCUCCUCUUCAUGCUGCUCUUCUUCAUCUAUGCUGCGCUGGGAGUGGAGCUCUUUGGCAAAUUGGAGUGCAAUGACAACAACCCGUGUGAGGGCUUGAGUCGUCACGCAACUUUUGAAAACUUUGGGAUGGCCUUCCUCACACUGUUUCGAGUGUCCACUGGAGACAACUGGAAUGGGAUUAUGAAAGACACAUUAAGAGAGUGUCAUCCAGAUGACCGCCACUGUCUCUCCUACCUGCCCUUGGUCUCUCCAAUUUACUUUGUCACGUUUGUGCUCAUGGCCCAGUUUGUGCUGGUCAAUGUGGUGGUGGCUGUUUUGAUGAAACAUUUAGAGGAAAGCAACAAGGAGGCUAAAGAGGAUGCAGAGAUGGAUGCAGAGAUUGCCUUGGAAAUGGCUAUGGAGAGGCAGCGCAGAUUAAGCACAACCUCCAAUAACAGCUCAGUGGGAGGAACUUACGUUGGGCCAUGUCCGCAUUCACCUGGGCAGGAGGAAGAGGUCCAGUAUGAAGAUCAAGAUCUGCUGUCAUCAAGGAAGAUGUCCAUAUCCAGGAUGCACUCUCUGCCUAACGACAGCUACAUGUUCCAACCUGUGCGCCCCGCUAGCGCCCCCUACCCUUUGGAGGAGGUGGAUCUAAGUCCCCAGCACCAGCAUUCAGGCUCAGUGACUUCGGUGCACUCCCAGCCAUGUGAGAGUCGCAUUCUGCUGCAGGUAUCGGACGUUUCCCCCAAUCACCCUCAGUCACCUCUGACCCUCACCCGGCCCCGCAUCGCCCCGCCCAUGCCCAGCCCCUCGCCACGUGCCCUGCGCAGACAGGUGGCAGUUAAAGUGGAUUCGUUGGAAUCCCAGGGUUGUGAGCAACAAGAGAGGCCAAAUCCUGUCCAUCUGCCUCCUCUGUCCCCUUCUCCCCUCUCUCCCCUCACUCCCCUCUCUCCUCAUACGUCCUCCCCAUCUCCCCUUCCUCCUCCUCCACCCUCCUCCCCUUCAGCCCUCUCCCUCCCACCCUGCUCCCCCUCUGCCUUCCCACUCCCUCCCCCUUCUCCCUCUCCUCUGCCUCCUCUGCUGUCUUCACCCUUUCCCCUCCCUCCUCCGCCAUCUUCCCCCUCGCUUCUUCUCCCCCCACCGCCCUCCCCCCGUCUCCCCCUGCCCCCCCCCAGCCUGCGGAGACUUAGACCACCCUCCGCUGCUUCCCUCUGUGAUCCCGCCGAUGAGGAGGUGUAUCACAUCACCAGCUCAGCCCGCCACAGGUGGAGAGAUGAGGAGGGAGGCGGACAGGAGAACAGAGGGAAGGCUGGCCGCAGCCACUCCCUCUCCCCUUACACUGCCCCAUAUUCUCUUGACUCCUGCCCUCCUCCUCCCCCACUACUGCCUUCCUCCUCAAGGAGCACACUCAGUCUUCUCGGGGCAGGAUUGAAGGACCGUGACUUUAGGAAGGGCUUCAGCGUCGACAACCAGGGCUUCCUGGACAAGCCGUCAUCAUUAUCUGUUGACGACCAGCGCCGCCACUCCAUCGAAGUCUGCCUCCCACAGGCUGUCAUCACCAGUGAUGACCAACUCUUUACACAGGAGGCCCACCGGUCGGAAAAGGGCGGUCAGGCAUUUCCUGUGAGGGUGCAGUCAGUCAGGGGCGGCCACAGUAAGAAGAAGUUGAGUCCUCCCUGUAUAUCCAUCCAUCCGCCCUCAGAGAGGGAACGCCCCCAAAUCGCCUCACCCCCACAACUUGCUGACUGCGGCAUGAUGCUGAGACGCAGGACACCCUCCUAUGACUUGACCCCGUACACACAGUCAAACAGCCACACGCAAGACGUCCCGGUGGAUACACAGAUGCACUCCCCGAUGCACACAGCGCUAACACCUAUCCACAUACCAUUGCAAGCACACUCACCGACUCACACACUGACACCCUCGCGGGCAUCUACGCCAACACACACUCAGGCAUACACUCCACCGCACCCAUCCACACCUACACAUCCACACAUCCCCAUCAGCCCAAACAUCUUUAUCCAGCCUCAUGCACCUCCUGUCCCAAACACUAUGCCUUUCUCACAGACACACUCCCUCUCCCCUGCUGCAAGGCACUCCUCUCUCACAGGGGACUACGUCCCCCUCCCCCAGUUCACCUUUGACCAACCACAGUCCAGAUACAUGAGCGGCCUGUCAGCUGGCCUAUCAGACACGGAUACAGCUACCUGCUCUUCCCCUUUUGACACCAGACUGGGAAGCGGUGCAGGAUUCAGUGCAAAGAACCGGAGGACGGCCCAAUGAACAACGAGCAUUGCCUUCAGGAAGUCAAUGUGUUUGGUCCAGAAUAAGAUGGAGUAGUGGGGCCUCAGCUGACCUCUGCAGAGACUGGUGCUGGGGGGAGAAUGAGAGAAAGAGGUUUACUGGUAGAGGGACUUUUUUUGUUUUUGUUUUGAUGAAUACUGAGAAGACAUUGAUUACUCUUUCCAGAAAGAGGCUGGUACUGUCCUGUCCUAGAAUAAUAUACAGUGGAUCCAUUUUCCUGAACCCAGCGCAAAGGACAGCAGAUCCACUGAAGCUGUACCAGUCAAACACUACCCACUGUACAUGGUGUGUUCAGACUGAUACUAAUAACACACCAGAACUAAAGCCACCUAACUCCGUAGCCAAAGUUUUUUUGACACACUGUCCCUACCCACGCGAGCGAAUCAGGAAGCAGCGUCUGGCUGAUAACCUCUGACCUUCACAGGAAGCGGUUUGUGAAAUGCGAGCGUGGGGGGAAUUGUGGGAUAUGCAACUUCAGGUUUUCUACAGAAGUUCUACUUGCCCCUCCUCUGCUCCUCGAUCACAUUGAUCAGAGCAGAAGUGUGUGUGUGUGUGUGUGUGAGUGAGCGUGUGUGCAUUUUCCUGUGUGCGAGUAUUGUCAAAUCUGUUGUCAUGGAAGUCGGCCAUGUUAUUCUUACGCCUGCAACGACAGAGAGGGGGAGCAGAGCAGAGCUGUAGUGUAUGUUUAUCUGUGUAUCUGUGCAGUGUAAAUAAAGGAAAAUACUGUAUUUGGUGAGAUUAAAAUAGCUCUAUCCAUAUGCACAUAUUUUUAUAGAAAUCUAAAAUGUUUUUUGCACACAGAUUUGAAUUUCAAGUUGCUUGUUUUUCCUCUGUUGUCCUCUUGUGAAUGUAUGUUUCUUUUCAAAACAGAGAGUGCAGUGAGGGAGAUCAGCCCUCCUCUCAACAGACUAGCUGAGGUUGAGGAUUGGGAUUUUAUUUUUUUAUGUUGGACUAGAGACAGAAGAGAACAGGUUUGGGAUGUGUUUCUGUAGCUUUGUCUCAGAUUUCUAUGUAUCUGGUGUCCAAAUAACAGUCUUAAGAAGUGGGCUCAGUGAUGCAGAUAUAGACUCUGCAGAGAGUGCAGUUUUUUAAAUCUGUGUUAAGGUGUUAGGGUUAAUAGCUAAACCCGCGUGCUGUCUCUCCACACAUUUAAAUUUAAUUUGGCCAUUACUCCAAAAGAAUCAAAAAUGGGUUUUACAGUUUACUACACUUUAGUGACUUUAUAAAAGAGUCAAUUUUAUGCAACACAGAAAGAAAUGAGUGCACUUUAUUUUUAUUGGUCCAGAUAUAUCAUAAAAUAACAACUUGUAGGCAGCUAAAUAUCUCUGUAGGCUGCUGGCAGUGAGACAAUAAACAUCAUAAACAAAAUUUAGUAUUAUACCCAUAAAAAAAGGUAUGACAUGGCAUCACUGAGCCUCUCUUCUAUAACUGUUUUCAAGCUGAAUCAGCUCUGACACCACUUAGUGUUUCUGUACAUCUAAAGACAACCAAACUAACUAACUUACUAAAUAUGUGUAGCCAGAGUGCAAUAAUAAUAUAUAUUUGUGGAAAAUAUAGUGAAAUCCACACUAUAUAAAAAAAACCACACUCUUGUGUUCGUACAUACUGUAGAACUACUAUAUAUAUGAUAUAAACCCGUUUUAUAUGAUGAUUGAGAGUGUUUCUAUCUCUAGUGUUCAUGCUACUAUUGGGUUACUUGCCCCCUGCGUGUGGCUGCGGUGGCAUGGGUGUGGCUGGCAGCAGUUCAAGAUACUGUAGAAUCGUCCAAAAGCUCAGGCCCACCUGCUGAUGGUGUUAUCGUAAACAGAAGAGUGACAUGCAUCCCUGCAUCCUCAAUAAGUCAUUCAUCACUCCUCUUUUUUUUUUUUUCUUGUCCCUAACAACCCACCUUAACUGCAAACACAUCAGAUCAGCAUGAGUUAACACAUUGUAUUUGUUAAGUACAUACGAGUUAUGGUAAAUUAACCCAUCUACAGAUGAAAUCCUGCAACCCUUAAGGUGUGAAUGACAAAGUAUGGCUAGUACUUUCCUUCCAGUGGCUGAAUGUUCUUUCAGGAAGCCAUACUUUACUAUUCCAGCACAGCACAAUAUGUAUUCCUGUUGUGUGCACAGUCUAGUAUCGCACAGGCACACAAGAAGCUGCUAGGUACUGAUUCCCCUCUCAAAGGCAGCUGGCAGGGACGACAUCGUCAUAGAUUUUUCAAAUUUUCUUUUGCCUGAUCAGCGUGUAACAUGCACAAGUCCUCAGUAAUCUGAGUGAAAACCAAAGUGCUUUGAUGCGGCACCAUAAUCAUCUUUAUAGGUUUUGCCAACCAAACCAACCAAAUUUAAAGUAUCUGUGACUGAUUUAACUGGUUCAAAAAGGAAAGGGUCUUUGCAGGCUGGUAAAAAGUCAGAGGACAAAUGACUUUUGUGUUUAAUUUUUGGAUACACAAUUGGUCUUAAAUCCAGCUAAAACAGGCAUUAAAAGGGCAACAGAGUUUGCUGAUCCCAACAGAGACCACUGUAAGAAUAAGGUCAGAGAUAGAAAGAGGUCCAGAUUAUUUUUGAUUAAUAUUAUCAGAUUAUCAUUCUCCUUCUACACUCAUUAGCUUUACAUGUCCCCAGCAGUAUGCAUGUAGAGGGCAACAUUUUGUGAUAAAACACUAGGGAACGUUACAUAGAAAAUUGCUGCUGAUGAACACAACUGCCAGCUUGUUCCCCUUUUGAAAGCACCCUUCUUCCACUUCUCACAUUCAGAGGCACAUCUGAUGUUCGAUUCUGAGAUGUUGUACUCUCUCCUGAACAUGGCACAGUUGGUCAUUCCCCUGGAUUAAAAUCAAUUUCAUUCAGUAUGUGCUUGAACACACUGUUAUUGUGUAUCUGCUUUGUCCUGUUUAAUGUCUUCUUCCUGCACAGAUUGUCAGUAAUGGGAGAUUUUAAGUUGUCUGAGGCAGCCACUUUCUGUCUCAUUUCUUAUUUGACUUAGUGCAGACAACCCCGAUCUACAGCAUAUUGCCAUAAUAAUCAACAAUAAUUUGGUAGAGUGACUGCAUAAUUGUUCUUACGAUUUACAGAUCUUUGGAUCUCAGUAUUUAAAUCCUGUUUUUGAGGGAACAGUUUUGACUAUUGCAUGUUCUGAUUUAAGAAAAAAAAUCUUUUGGGAAGGAGUCAUCUGGAUGUUUUAGAGAUUUUGAUAUUUCCAUUUUCUGAUGUUUCCAUUUGUAGAUUGACUACCUAAUUGCACUGGGCUCUGAUUAAUUGGUAUCUGAUAAAAUACUGAUUAAAUGACCCUAUUCUUUAUUGUCCACUGCAAUACUGGGUGGUUAUUUACUGUAUGAGGACUGAGCUCCUCUUUAUACAGUUUUAUAGAGAGAAAUGGAAACCUAGUUGGUUCUAUUUUGUUCAGAACCAAUGUUAUUUAAUGUUGAGGUGAACCUCUUUUCACGUACUCUAAAAAUGGUAGAACUCUGGUGAAGGUGAAACUAAUUAACUAAUGUAUAUUUUAUGUAGGAGUAGCCUUGGCCCUGUUGCUCUGUAACAGACAGAUCGGGAUAGUAAUAAGUUGUGUUUUCUGGGUUGACACUGAGCUGGUCCGGCCUCGGAGUAUAGCCGAUCACGCUCCCGACACAACACAAGUUUUACGACAACAGCAGACUCCAGUAAGUUCAAACUGUGAUAGAACUUGACUUUGAUGAAUCAGAAGCCUUGUGUUUUCUUUCUUUCUUUCUUUCUUUCUUUUUUUUAAUAACCCUUCAGUGAUUGGCCCAGGCACCCCCCACCCCCAAACCCCCCCAAGCCUUACAAGGAGGGGAGGAGGUGUGCUCUGUUUCUCAGAGGAGAGCCAACGUGUCUGCAAUAAUAAGCACUCCAUUAUCCCCCAUUAUAAAGGGAGAAGGGAGGGGACAGGGGAGGUGUUUAAAGGCUCGACACACAGUCGGACUCUCUACAUUGUAUCGUUGCUG